GCCGCCAUGAUAGUACCCAGAAUGCUUUACUCCAGUUACCAAGGCAACGACGUUUGCGUCUCAAUAAUUUGAAACAUAGGAGUUAGAAUAGAUUCUAACAUGUUCUUUUGUGUGUUUUUUUUCUCAUUACUUUAGUUUUAAAAGUCCACCCCUGACGUCACACAAGUCAACGAGCUGCGUUCAUUGCUCUAAAACUAUUACGUAGUUCAAAAAGGACAUUUUAUUCACGUUUUAAGGUUUGUGUGGCGUUAUCAUCUCAUGUGGUUGCUCGGAGAUGACAUUGUUUAUUUGUCUACACGGAAGAUUUAUUUUUGAAAGUUGAAGAAGACGUUUCCGAGAUGAAGUGCACUAUGACGUCAAGCAGCGGUUGCGAGGAAAGAGUUACAGUCAGGAGGAGUGAAUGUGCGGAUGCCGAGGCCAUUGAACGCCUCAUCACCCCUGAUGCGCGGCAGCUUUUUGGCCCAAUUAACGUCCUUCAACUCCUGGAGAAGGCCAACCUGGCAGUGACCUUGGCCAAUGAGGCCGGCGACGUGGUGGCGCACGCCUCCUUCUUUGACCAUCCCGCCGCAGCGCUGGUGGAUCCGCCUCACUGGGAAUCUUACCUGCACAAACACUUCAAAGCGGACGCCUUGACACCAUGGAACACGCUCUUCCUCCAUCUGUUUGUUUCCCAGAACUGCUUCUCCACUGCAAGCUUUCAGCACAUCAUCAGCGCUGUGUUCAACACCUCUGCUGAGCUGGACUACGUGUGCCUGCUGAGCGCAACAUCUGUCUGCUUAGAAGCGGUCUUGGGCAAGUUGUUGGAGCCCUUGCAGCGUCUGACUGAAGAAGAAGAAGAAGAAGAAGCUGCUGUGCUGAAUUUGUUAGUGUGUCACAGGCAAAGACUCUGUCCAAGACUCUAUGUCCGGCCAGCAAGGGUGGAAGACCACGAUGACGUCAUGCACAUCGUGGCUCAGGAGACCAAAAUUCUGUCGGUCAUGCGCCGGCCGUACUUCCUGUCGGAGCUCAUCGAGGCCCAGGACGAGCGUAACCACGCUGCCGUGUGUGAGUGCGACGGCGUCAUCACGGGUUUCAUCAGCGUGACUGCGGAGGUGGACGUGAGGCGACUGCAGGAGCAUUUCAACCUGACUCACUUUGGAGGUUUGUGCAAAGCCAAGCAGGUUGACGGCGACGACGCUGAUCCACAUCCUGACAGCGCCGAGGAACCGCCGCAAGAACCGUCACAAGAACCGCAACAAGAACCGCUAGAAGAACAAGAUCCAGAAGGAGGAGAAGAAGAACCCCAGGAGGGGGACGAGGAGGUUCUGUCUGGAACAUUUGAAGAACCCUCAGCAGUACCCAACGCCUUCUGUAUCCAGUUCUUCUUCUCAGAGAAGAACUAUGAGAUAAGAUCACUCGACUUGAUUCCAUACAUAUUCCAACUCUUUCCGGAUCUGGACUUCUGCAUCAUCACCGUCCCGACGUUGUCUCCGGACUUCCCGCUCCUGCAGAACUUCCUGAGAGUUCCUCCACGACCCAGCAGCCUGUUGCCCUCUGACCUCUAUGUCCUGCACCGGGAUGGGCUGAGGAGCGUCAAAGUGCGACUGGCGACGGAGUCCGACAGGAACGGCGUGGCCGACCUGAUGGCCGACAUGAGACUGGGAGGAGACGCCCUGCUACAGGACCUGGACCUCAUAUUCAACACCCAAAGUGAUGGGGCCGAACGUCCUCUGCAGGCCUUUGUGGCCGACGUGGAUGGGGCCAUGGUCGGGACGUUGAUCAUCAGCGACGAGAAGGACAUGGAGUACAUCCGGGCCCGCUACAACAUCGAGAACUUCAUCUACUUCAGCCAUCACGGCAGCCACGAGCACGCUCAGCUCCACCACUUUGUACUCCACCGCUGCUUCCAACACUUCGGUCGACAUUUCUUCAAAGAGACACUGCGGCUGGCCCGCAAGUCCAGCUUGUACCACCGCGUGUACCCGCUCGACUCGGGCCAAGAGAACUGCUGUGUGCAUCAUCUUGACUAUGUCCUGGACUGCGCCGUGCCCGUGCGCCCUCGCCGUCAAAUCAUCUACCCUCUCAUGGAGCUCGGCGCCAACGCACCUGCCAGGAGCAUCACCGACGAGCAGGCUCCGUUUGCGCUAAACCUCAUUAGCCGUAAACUGACCAUGGAGCCGAAGGUCACGGUCAACGCCAGGAUCGUCCUGGUGGGGGCGUCGGACACGGGCCUGUCCUUCCUCGAGGUCCUUUGUUUCUGCCCUCACCUGAGAUUCAACAACCUCACCCUCAUCUCGACACAUGGUUUCCCUGCCGACUGCAGCCUGACCGGCGCCAAUUUCCUGUCCACCAGCCACGCCUACAGCAGCAGAGACAUGGCGCAGCUGCCUCUGCGCUCCUGUGUGGCCGAGGUCGCUGCCAAGAUGGUCGCCAUCCAGAGGAAGUCGAAACACGUCGUGGUGUCCAGCGGCGCCAAGAUUCCCUACGAUUACCUCGUCCUCUGCACGGGCCUGCAGUACCAGGUGCCGUGUCCAAAGGAAAUGAAUCAAGACCAGCGCGACACAAACGACCAGAAGGAGGUGGCGUCCUUUCCCCCCAGGUACACCGGCACUGUGCCCUCCAAUUUAUUCACCCUAAACGACCCACAUGACUGCAACACAGCUCGAUCCUGGCUGCUCAAAAACUUUGUGAGGAGUAAAGAUAACGUCAUUGUCUACGGAAAUGGCCUUGACGUCUUCACCACCGUGGAGAUGUUACUCCGGAUUGGAGUGCGCAGCCCCUGCAUCUACCUGGUGCUGACUCCUCCUCAGCGUGCCUUGGCCAAUGAUUUGUCUCCUGCAAGUGAUGUCACCAACGACCCAACUGCUGAGGGUGAUGUCACCCAUGAGCCGCUUCGUGAGAUUGAUGUCACCAAUGAAUUGCGUUCUGAAAGUGAUGUAACAAAUGAACCGCCUCCUGUAAGUUAUGUCACUAAUGACCUGCCUCCUGGGCGUGAUGUCACCCAUGAUUUGCCUCAUGAGGUUGACAACAUCAAGGCUUCACCGUCUGAGAUUGACAACACCGAUGAUUCACUUCCUGAGAUUGAUGACACCAAUGAUUCGCCUUGUGAGGUUGACGUCACCAAUGAUUCGCCUCGUGAAAGUGACAUCACCAAUGACCCGCCUCUUGAGCAUGAUGUCGCCAAUAAUUCGCCUCCUGAAAGUGAUGUCACCAAUGACCAGGUUCCUGAGAGUGAUGUCACCAAUGACCUACCUCCUGAAAGUGACGUCACCAAUGAUUCACCUCCUGCAAGCGACGUUACUGAUCCACCCCCUGAGAUUGACAUCACUAAUGAUUUGACUUCUGAAAGUGAUAUCAUUAACGAUGCGCCUCCUGACAUUGACGACAUCAAUGAUUUACCUCGUGAAAAUGACAUCACCAUUGAUUCAUCUCAUGAAAAUGACACCACCAGUGAUGCACCUCCUGAGAUUGAUGUCACCAAUGAUGCGCCUCCUGAAAGUGACGUCACCAGCGAUGUGCCUCCUGAGAUUGACGACACCAAUGAUUCGCCUCGUGAGGUUGACGACACCAAUAACUCACCUCCUGAGGUUGACAUCACCGAUGAUUUGGCUACUGAGAUUGACGUCACCGAUGAUUUGCCUCAUGAGGUUGACGACACUAAUGAUUCGCCUUGUGAGGUUGAUAUCACCAAUGAUUCGCCUCGUGAAAGUGAGGUCACUAAUGAGUCACCUCCUGAAAGUGACAUCACCAAUGAGUCGCCUCCUCAGAGUGAUGUCACCAACAAUUCACCUCCUGAGAUUUACUCCUCCAACGAUUCGCCUCCUCAAAUUGACGUCACCAACGACCCGGUUCCUGAGAAUGGCACUUCUACAGACCUGCUUCCCAAUUGCACCGUCACCAACGAACCACCGUCUGAAACCAGUGUGCUCAAUGACCCUCUUCCCGAAAGUCUCUUCUCUGAUGAGUCACCUACUGAGCCCAGCGGUUUGUACUUUUCCGAUGCGGGGGUGGAGAGCGCGGUGAUGGCGGCCAUGAAGAAGUCUCAGCUCCACGUCCACCACGACUGCCUACUGAUGCAGAUGAACAACGGCGCCCAUCCUGAUCCUCUCACGUCCGUUUCUUUCAGCACCUCCUCAGAACCACUCCAUCUGCCGUGCGGUGUUUUCAUCAACCUGUCCAGCCGAGGAGUAGACUACGACGCCUUUAGGAGCAUCAACAGCUCCUUCCUGGUGUUCGACGGCCGGCUGGUCAUUGAUAGCGCCUUUCGAACCAACGACGCCGCCAUCUGGGGUGCCGGCCCGCUAACCAAGUUCUCCCGCGCUUACUACAGCGACGAGUGGUCACAUGCCAACUUCAACUCCAAGGAGGUGGGCCAGGACCUGGCAGCCGUGUUGCUGACGCAUUUUGACCCCACGCUGGAGGCCCCCCGCGAGACGGUGGCCGCCGGGAACCGCCUCGUUCCCAUUUACAAGCAGCCCAAAAUCCAAGGUGGCAAUUUACCAGGACGAUUAAACUAUCUUCACGUGACCAAACCGGUCGCCAGCAGCCCGCGAGGACCUUCUGUGGGACACGCCCGACGUAUUGCGACAGGCUGCCCGGAGAAUGGGGACUACUUCUGCUUGCAUCUGGACCGCAACCAAGUGGUGGAGACCGUCACCUGUUUGUCCUUUAAGCCACUCCCUGUGCACAACCUGAUGUGUCUGUAUGCCAAACACCAGCAACUCCUCGGACAACUGCUGGUUAGACUGCACCUGCAGCAGAUACACGACCUCUACAGCUUCUUUAGGCAGAGCUGGUGUUUGGCCAUCUUUCACGAUCGUUUCUCUGACUUCGAGGAGGAGAUUCUUCAGCUCACCUCGAACGACGCUACGGUUGAUGGAGAGGAGCCUUGGGGCAGCGCCCCUCAGGACGUGAUAAAGGAUCCCGCCAGCAGAGCGGCACUGAGGAGCAACGCGGCCAAAUAUUUGUCUUUCAACCGCAACCUGCUGCCCAUGUUCACUUGCCCAGAUGACUUGUGAUGUCAACGUCAUCACAGAUGACAUCAUGAUCAUCACAGGUGACCAUGGGUGGCAAAAGUACUCACACCCUUAAAUAGCGUACAGAUACUUUACAAUUGAUUGUCGUGGGAAUUAGCCGUCACCUUGUGUAGUGGAGUAAUAUUGUUUUGAUUUUAAUCGUUGUUUAAAUUGCUCCAAAGAAGUUUAAUCAUAAAUCAACUCCACCAUAAUCAUAAAUCAACUCCACCAUGUUUUUAUACGUUUUAACAAUAAUCUUGCUUUUAAGUAGGGCUGCAAAUAACGAUUGUUAAUAAUCGGUUAAUUUGUCAAUUACUUUUUCGAUUAAUCGAUGAAUUUCCAUGUGAAAAUGCAGCAGUAUAGGACAACAAUAUAAGGGAUCAAAGCAACUUGAACACAGCAGUGGUUGUAAACUCAAGCAAGAUGUUUUUUUUGUUUUGUUUUAUGUCUGAAAAGUUGUCAUUUUGGAGCAGGUGGAAUUCUGCCUGACAGCGACAAUAAAAUAAAAUAA